AUGGAUGAUGUGAAAAGCCGUAUCAAGGCAUAUCGUUUUGUAGCCUACUCGGCUAUUACUUUCUCAGUAGUAGCCAUUAUCUCGGUUACGAUCACACUUCCAAUGGUUUACAACUACAUCCGACAUGUUCGUAUGCAAAUGUUCACUGAUAUCACGAUCUGUAAGCAAAGCGCGCAACAAACCUGGAUCGACGUCGGUCAGCUUGAAAGCGCCCCGGUUCCGGAGAUGGCACACAAUCGAACGGCUCGUCAGGCCGACGACGCAUGCCGCAAUUGUUGCAUUCGAGGGCCACCUGGUCCGAAAGGACCAAAAGGUAGACCCGGAAAACCUGGCAAGCCAGGAGCACCCGGCAGACCUGGUAAUCCUGGACGACCACCAAGCCAACCGUGCGAACCGAUCACACCACCACCAUGUAAGCCAUGCCCACGAGGACCACCCGGACCGCCUGGCCCACCAGGACCACAAGGAGAAGCAGGACCAGAUGGAGCACGUGGAGAUGCCGGAAUUGAUGGACCACCAGGCGAGCAAGGACCCCCGGGCCCACCCGGACCACCAGGACCUGUUGGACCAGCUGGACCACAAGGACCACCCGGUGAAGAUGCUCCCGACGAGCCACUUGAGCCCGGAGAGCCUGGAGAACCAGGUGAUGNUGGACCACAAGGACCUCGUGGACCUCCUGGAAAACCAGGCAUUGACGGAGAACCAGGUCCACAGGGUCCACCUGGUGAGAAUGGUUUGGACGGAGCGAUUGGUGCAGAUGGCAAACCAGGUGAUAAAGGACCUCAGGGACCUCCGGGCAAGCCUGGCGAGCGUGGUGUCUGUCCUAAAUAUUGCUCUGUGGACGGCGGUGUCUUCUUCGAGGAUGGUAGUCGACGUUAA